AUGACACCAAACGACUUGGUCACUGCAAUACCUUCGAUACUCGAGGGACAGACGCGGCCUUCCCCAGGCGACGUGUUGAUCCUAACGGCCGUUCUUUCUUUCAACUUGGAUGGUGACUGUAUGGCACGAUGGGUACUGGGUAAGAAGCGCUUGGAGAGGAUGCGAAACGAGCGAUGGAUGAUGGUGGCAUAUCGAGCAGACAUGAGGUUGCCAUUCACUCAUCCUGCACUUGCAUCAGAAUGGAAGGAGGCAGCUGCGCUCGCCUGA